AAAUUGGCUCAUUCUCUAUCUUCACUAUUUCUUUCACUUUAUCUCUGGGCGAACAGUAACUAUAACUGCGCUAUCUGACCAUCAGCAUCGGCGACAUCUGCGCGCAUUGUGCAUUCUAGUUUCAGACCUCGAGCAAGGCUCGGACGUGGGAGAGCACCACCAUACCCCCAGUUUGGCAUUGUCAACCAAACCUCCACCACCAAGACACCGACCUCAUCCUUUCAAACUAGAACCUCACUCGCAUCUCAACGCUUCAUCAUCACCAUGGCUCCUCUUACCCCCGCCGAACAGGAGAAUCACCAAGCGCUUCUCGAUCGUCUCGACAUCGCGGCAGUUUCCCGUCCGUUCCGCAAUCCGAAUUGGAAGCCAUCGCAGCGGCGCAACAAGAACGUCAAGCAGCUUAUUUCGGAGAGCUCGAGGAAGGAGGCUUCUGUUAUGGCAACACAAUCUAAUUCCGGCGCAACCACACCACUCCCAGCUACGUCCGCCAGCACCGACGGCAGUCAGACCCCUGCCGAUGGCACACCUCGAACGAACAUCGCGCAGGCCGCGCAGAACCUCUCGACACUGGUGCUGGAAAAGAACGCACGAGCUGCAUUUACAUCUGGACCUGCCGUAACGUACACGAAUAUCGAAUCCGCACCCUCAUUGCACCCUUCGCAGCAAACCCGCUACUGCGAUAUAACAGGACUGCCUGCUCCAUACACAGAUCCUAAGACGAGAUUGAGGUAUCACGACAAGGAGGUCUUUGGUGUGAUUAGAACACUUGGUCAGGGAGUGCCGGAGAGCUAUUUGGAGCUCAGAGCUGCACAUGUGGUUCUCAAAUAAACGAUGCUAUGAUUUUGCUAUGGAAAUGUUUGUUUUACACUGUAAGAUAUCAGGGGCUAGAUAGCAGCCUAAUCUAAUACGCGAAUUAUGUACGGCCAACACAGUCAAGCCCUUUCCACCCACCAUGCCCCUCUCGAGACAGGUUCAAAGAAAACGCUCCGGCUUAUUCGUGACCUUAUUAUGAAAGUUGAUCUUCGCCUUGUGCAAGAUGCACUCGACUAGUACCGAAGCUCCAGGAACCGGAACAUCAGUUACAGCAUCCGAAGAUGCUGUCGCCGCGGCGUGAAAUGAGUUGAGCCCAAUGGCUCGC